AUGAAUAGGGUAGCCAAAAGAGAAGCAAGAUUAAGGGGAUCAGGGUAUGUAAAGCAUUCACCAAGCCUCAUAAAUAUUAUACUAACAUUUGAAGUACUCGUAUUCUAUCACGAGCAAGAUUUUCCAUAAAUUUUGAUGAACUUAGACAAAAUUUUACCACCGCUCCCGAUUUUGAAUUACCUGAUAUAAAUGAUAAUUAUGAUCAAAUUGAACAAGAUAUAAUAGAAGAAGAAGAAGAGAAAGAAUUGGAAAAAGAAGAGUUAAUGGAAGAUGUUAAUGAAGAAAUAGAACAUACACCUGAAAAUCUACAACGAGUUAUUAUUCCCGCAUCGCCAAUUAAUCAAAAACCGUCAGAAACAGAAGAAAGACUAAUUAAACGAUAUACAGUGUCCGUCACUGGACCAAUUGAUUCAUUUAUACCAGUUCAUGAACCAUCGUUGCAUAUUAAUUAUCCUCAAUUGAAAAAUGUAAAGAAAGCUAUCAUGAGAACAACUCAAAUGAGAACCAGAUUAUUAGAUGUUUUGAGAUUUUUCAUAGAUACAUUUGAACCCAAAGACUUAAAUGAGGAACAAAAGGUUAUAAAUUCAAAAUUCAAACAUUAUCUUUUAACAUAUAUUGAUCAGUUGAGAGGUUUAGCUAAUAAUGUGGAAGUAAUUGGUAAAAAAAUCUAUUCAGUACAACGGAAGAAAUAUCAAGUUAGAAAAGAUAUAUUAGAAUUAAGAACAAGUCAUACUAAAGUUGGAAGCACGUUAAAUCAAUUGAGAAAUAAAUUGAAAAACAAAAAACGCGAACAACAAGAUGUUAAAUUGAUGUAUAAUCAAAUACUAAAUACUAAAGAACAUGUCGAAUUUUUUGAAAAGACUACUCCAAAACUAAGUUCGCAAGUUAAAUUGCAAUUGAAUACUUUGAAACUGUUGGUAAAUCCACAAAUGGGAAUAAGUUCAAAAUUGAAAGAUAUAAAUUCCAAGCUAGAUCAACUACAUGAGAAAAUAGAUUGA